GCCAAUUGUACUUGGCACACUUACUUGGCUUCCGAACACGUUAUGAAGCCCAGGGCCCUCGAUCGCGACAACACUCAAUCUCUGCUGUAGCUUUCCCAGAUCAAGAGAAUAUCAAGAAACCAAUAUCCAGUGUCCAGUGAGGCCUCAAUGUCUCCCUCGCAACCACAAGCCAAGGAUGCAGUUCCGGCGGCGCCGCGUUCGUCGGCGACCUCAUUUGCGAUCAAGACUCUGUCAAUAGUUCGCAUUUUUACCGGUGCAGCUUGCCUAAUCGCACCCCGCUUGACAUGUGGGCUACACUCUUACAACGUGCCAAGUGAGCAUUCGUUCUUGGUGCGUAUGAUGGCUAUACGGGAGGCUGUAAUCGGAGGCCUUUUGAUUACUGCUGUCGAUGGGAAGAGGGAAGACGGAGGAGGCAGGGAAAUCCGUAGGGCUCUUUGGGCAGGAAUUAUGAACGAUUCCGUGGACAUUGCGAAUCUGGUCUUCGGGCUUAGCAGGGGAGAAGUUGGCCAGACCACGAGCAGUAUGAUAGGCGGAGCUGCCGUUGGAGCCAUCAGCCUGGCAAUAUGGAUUCUAAAGAAUCUAUAAAGCAGGCUUCGUCUAAUCGUCUGCGGAUCUCGCGCCAAGAGUACCGACGGUGUUUUGAGCUGCUACCUGUGCAGCGAAAGUCGCUGUUGUGUAUUGUAAUCUAGAGUGGUUGCCUUUAUCGAGGCGCCUCUGAAGAUCGGCC